AUGAAAAAAAGCAUUAUGAUUUUCUCAUUUAUUAAAAUUGUUGUACUUAUCUUUUUAACGUGGAUACCCCAUUUAAGUAAUCAUGUGAUUACGUUUAACAAAUACGUAGGCAAAAAGUACACGCUUGCCAUAAAAUUAGACGACAGAAUAUAUCGAUUACUAGCAAAAUAUAAAAAGGAUAAGGAUUCAAAAGUUGCAAUGUCAAAUAAUGGAAUGGAUAAAAAAAAGGAUAUAUCUAAUACUGAAAAGGAGUGCACAGAAAAAAAAAAGAAUUAUAGAGGUUCAUUAAAUAAUUAUGAUGGACAUAAACAAGAUAUGAACAAUAAAUAUUCUAAAUUUGUGACAAAAAAAUACAGUCAUCUUGAAAAAAAAAUAUUCAAAGAACUGGAUUUUGUAGAUUUUCUUAAAAGGAACAAGAAUAUUAGUGAUAAGACUUACAAAAAAAUAAUGCGUAAAAAAUUCUCAUUACGAUUAGGAUCACUUUAUUAUUGUUUUUUUCUCAUAGUAGAUAUAUCUCUGUGUUUAUCUAGUGUAGAUGUAUUUUGGGAAUUAUCAGGAUUAAAGUCGAUUUUAAGUCCCUACGAGGAUACUUUAAAGCAAUAUUUUAAGUGGUUAUUGACUGGUGCAGAUGAAUCUAAAAAAGUAUUAGGAGAAUUAUUUAAUAUUGUAUUAUAUGUUAUACCUUUUUUAAUAUUAGGUGUUACACUUAUAUCGUACGUUUUUUAUUACCAUAAAAAAGCUAAAAAAUAUGAAAAAAUUAAGUUCAGUAAAAAGUGA